AUGGAGGAUGCUAAUAAGCCCAAGAAGAGAACCUUUCGUACCUUUCAAUAUAGAGGUGUUGAUUUAGAUAAGUUAUUAGAUUUAAGUCAAGAUGAACUUAUAAAAUUAUUUAAAGCAAGACAAAGAAGAAAGUUUCAAAGAGGAAUAAGUAAGAAAGCAAAAUCACUUUUAAAAAAAAUUAGAAAAUCAAAAAAAAAUUGUGAACCAGGAGAAAAACCAAAUCCUGUUCCUACACAUUUAAGAAAUAUGACAAUCAUACCAGAAAUGGUAGGAUCUAUUGUUGCUGUACAUAAUGGUAAACAAUACACAAAUGUUGAAAUAAAACCAGAAAUGAUUGGUUAUUAUCUUGGAGAAUUUUCAAUUACAUAUAAACACACAAGACAUGGAAAACCAGGUAUUGGAGCUACACAUUCAUCUCGUUUCAUUCCAUUGAAAUAA